AUGGCCAUAGAAAAUUCCACAGUGGUCAAAGAGUUCCUCCUUUUAGGAUUGACAGAUCAUGCAGAAUUGAAAGUGCCUCUCUUUAUUCUUUUCCUGCUAAUAUAUUUCAUUUCUUUGGUGGGAAAUUUGGGUAUGAUUGUAUUAAUUCGAAUCUCCCCUAAACUUCACACUCCCAUGUAUUUUUUUCUCAGUUGCCUCUCAUUUGUUGAUGCUUGUUACUGUUUUGUCUUUGGACCUGAAAUGCUUCUGAAUUUCUUUGAGGAGAAGGCAACUAUAUCAUUUGCUGCUUGUAUAUUACAAUAUUUUGUUUUUGCAGAACUUAUUACCACUGAGGGAUUUUUCCUUGCAGUGAUGGCAUUUGACCGGUAUAUGGCUAUUGCUAAUCCACUUCUUUACAUGGUGGUCAUGACUAAAAAAGUGUGUGCCAUCCUGGUCAUUGGAUCAUGUAUAGGAGGAAUAAUUAACUCAUUGACCCAUACAAUUGGCUUAGUCAGAUUGUCCUUCUGUGGGCCAAAUGUAAUCAGCCAUUUCUUCUGUGAUGUCCCUGCACUGUUGGAGCUUUCCUGCUCUGACACUUCUGGAAAUGAGUUGUUGCUCCUGAUAUUCUCAGGUGUAAUUGCUAUAAUGACUUUCUUAACAGUGAUCAUCUCUUAUAUCUUCAUUGUUGUUGCCAUCCUCAAAAUCCGCUCAGCAGCUGGUACACGUAAAGCCUUCUCCACUUGUGUGUCCCAUCUGACAGCUGUGACAUUGUUCUAUGGGUCUGUAAGCUUUAGCUACAUUCAACCAAGUUCUCAGUAUUCUAUGGAACAGGAGAAAGUUGUUUCUGUAUUUUAUACCAUGGUAAUCCCAAUGUUAAACCCAUUUAUUUAUAGUCUAAGAAACAAGGAGGUCAAAGAUGCAGUGAAAAGGGCAAUAGAAUUGAAACCAUCAUUUUAUUAAUGUUAUCACAGUGAUGGGAUAUAUUUGGUCCAAAAAAAGGGUGACGGCCAUAAAGGAACAUCAAGAAAAACAUUAAAAGCAAUGUGAUUUUAGAAUUGGUAGAGGCAUUAUUAAAUGGGCUCUACAGUGCUAGACCUGGAACAUCCUCAGAGUUAAACAAAUAGAAAUCACUAUAUUUUUUCAAGUUUCAGAAUAGCAAAUGAAGACAUAGAAGAAAAUUUAGUCUAUCUACUGACACAUAUCCAGUACUUGAGUAAAAUGUGUAAGCCAGAUACUCUGUUUCAUGUUCUAGUUCAAAUCCUCCUUGCCAAGGACUCCCAGUUGCUUGAAGCUCUACUAUUUUAAUGAUUGUUCAUGUACAUUCAAUCCCAAAUUUCUGUGAAGUGGCAAAAAUUAGAUUCAGGAAAAUGUAUUAUAGUGCCAAUUUAAUGUUCUCCAGCAAGGAAAAUAUCUUGGAAUAUAAUAGAAUAUCUGCAUUGGAAGAGGAAUUUGAAAUAAUAAAUGAAAAUUUGGGUGCAUUCUUCCCCACAAAAUAAUCGAGUAUGAUCUUUUAGUUUUAUAGAUGAAUUAAAUAAUUACCAACUUUUCAAAAUCAAUAUAAAUGUUAAUUAAAUUUAAAUCAUCAUAAUUUUAUGUCAGAGAUUUUUGUAUUACAUUAUAUAUUGCCUACUGACUUAUGCAUUAUAAUUGCCAUUUUUAUUGAAAUUGAAUAUCAAGAACCUUGACUCUGACUAAUCUUUAUCGUGAUAUUAUUGAUCAUUAUCAAACAAGGAAGCAAAGUAUGCUGUAAAAGGUUCAAUGGAAUUGAAAUAAUUUUUCUGUUAAUGUCAUCACAGUGGUGUGUAUAGUUCCAAAAUAUUAUCAAUCAUUUGAUAAAGAAGAAUAAAAUAGCAUGAAUUAGCAGGUUCCUGAGGAGCAAUAUCACUACUGGUUUCAAGGGAUAAGACUUCUUGAACAGCUGUAUCAAUUGCAAUCCCAAAAGAUCAGGAAUCCUUCCUGGUUAAGGACCCCAGCAUAGAUCAGCAAUGUAGUGAUCACAUUUCUAUUCAGAUCAUACAUUGUAAGCCCUGAAAACUUUCAAACCUACAGAAACCGCACUUAAAAGAGUAGUUAAAAAAACAAAACAUGCUUGAAGUUUGGUAUAUAAACACCUUCCUCUCUGCAAGACAGGAACAGAGACCCACUUUAACACUAAACUCAGAAUGAACACAUACCCUAGAAUAAUUAAGAGGAAACACAACUGUCCACAAAAAAACAAUUGUGACAGGCAAUUAAUAAAUAAACUUAAGGGGGCAGCUGGGUAGCUCAGUGGAUUGAGAACCAGGCCUAGAGACGGGAGGUCCUCGGUUCAAAUUCGGCCUCAGCCACUUCCUAGCUGUAUGACCCUGGGCAAGUCACUUGACCCCCAUUGCCUAGCCCUUACCACUCUUCUGCCUUGGAGCCAAUACACAGUAUUGACUUCAAGACGGAAGGUA